UCGGCCCAAUCACGAGAGGGCGGUCAGUCGGGCGAAAGGCACGUGCCAACAGGAGGACAUGUCCCGAUUCCCGGUCGGCGAUGGCUAUGCCGAGGACGACACCGAAGGAGGGAAACAAAAGAAGCAGCCUUGGUCUUUGGAAGAGCAGCUGGCCCUAGCGAGGUACAUGCGAGAGGACGACGCUAUGAUGGUCGCCGCCCAGCCGAGGCAGAAACGUCAGCGGAGAUCAAUGAGGAAUGAUUGGGGAGCGAGGCGCAUGAAGGAGGAAGGCUACCACCGAUUGGCGGAGGACGUGAGGAAGAAAUGGGUCGACCUACAAAACAAAUAUAGGGAGAUCAAGGACAAGUACGGCGGGUCUGGGAAGCCGACAUUCUGGGACAUGCCGCAAGAGGAUAAGAAGAGGGAGGGAUUAACGUUUCUUUUUGAGGAAGAAUUGUGGGACGAGAUGGUGUGGGUGCAGGCGAAGAGGUCAACCAUGUGCGACAACACGAUGGAGUCGUCCACCUUGCCUGGUCGAGAUAGCGGGGGGUUCGGACAAGGGAACCUCCGCCAGCACCCCAGUGGAAGAUUCGGAAAGCAGCAGGAAGUCUCGCCGGAUUGAGAAAGGGAAAACUUCCGCGGAUGAAGGUAUCAGCACGAAGUCCGGCAUGCGGUUCUCCAUGGAGGACUCCACACGCGCUCUAUGCGAUGGUCUGGGAAACGCAGCUGGGACUCUUGCAAGGGUCAGUGCAUAAGGCGCACAGCAAGUGGCCAGUCAGAUCGGCGCGGUGGCCAGUGCAAUGGAGGGUAAUGCUGUGCUGCAGUUGCUGGCCGGGGUGAUGGCAAGCGUGCGGGAGGAGGAGGCGGGGGUGGUCAGGAGGGGGGCGACGACGACAUCCCUCCCUCAAGCAAGUAAGGGGUUCGGUUGUGGAUGUGGGUGUGGGUGUGUUUGUGUUGUGUGGUAAGAAUACAAGACCCCAACAAAAAGGCUUCACACCG